GCUGCUGGCGCUGCGUUGGAGCCAAGCUACUCCGAGUUCCAGCUCCGAGCGCCAGUGGCUUCUGGCCAAGGCAGCGCCGCCGAAGCGCCCUCAAGGACGCUGACGCCUCUCCAAAGCCGGGGGCGCGCUAGGGCGCACGGCGUCCCCUGGCGUCCAGUCGCCGCGCCUCCUCCGGCGUCCCUCCAGCUGCAGGGAGAGGCGCAUGGCGCUGCUUUGGGGUCUCGGGGUCCUGUUGGCUGCCUGCGGUCCUUUCGGAUCUGGGGGACUCCUCUUCCCCGGAGCGGCGCCGGAGCCCCGCGGAGCCGUCCCGAGAGCGCAGGGUGGAGGUGACAGUGUCCGGCGGCGAUGGGACGAGCGGACCUGCUCCUGGCCCGUCACCCCAAAGAUCCUGCAAGGCGGUCGGCCUGUCAGCUUGAAGGAAGCCGCGCUGGGGUGGAGGGGUUUCCCUGCUCUCCUGAGGGUUGCACUGGAGGUCGAGGGAGACAACCUCCUCUUGGACUUAGUACAGAAUUGGGAACUGCUGGCGGGCAGCCAAGGGCUUGCCUAUUACCUUCCCAACGGGACGAGGGUGACGCAUCGGACGACCACAGAGGGCAAUUGCUGUUAUCGGGGCGACAUGCAGGGGUACCUCGACUCCUGGGCCAAUGUCUGUGUUUGCUCUGGGCUAAGCGGUCUCCUGGUCCUGUCCAGCGACCGAAGCUACAGCCUCGAGUCCGGUGCAGAGGAGGGGACGAGAGCCUACAGACUUGAGUCAGUCAGGCAAGAGUCGGGGGAAUGCAGGCUUGUCUCUCUGUCCCCCGGACAGCUCUGCCGACAGCCGCAGCUGGAGCGCAGUCAGCUACAAAGGGUUAAACGAGAGGCGGAGCCUGAGCGUGGAUUCGUGGAGCUGGUGAUGGUGGCUGACCGCGCAGAGUUCGAGCUGGACCCAGACCUUGACCGAACCCGGACACGGAUGUUAGAGAUUGCCAGCCACAUGGAUGGGUUUUACCGGAUGCUGGGUCUGCGGGUGGCUCUUGUCGGCAUCGAAGUUUGGAACAAGGGGGACCGACUGUUGAUGGACGGUCCGCCUCGGGCAGUGCUGGAGCGCUUCCUGCGUUGGAGACAGGAGGAGCUGCUUCCCCAGAUUCCGCACGACAGCGUCCAGCUCAUCAUGGGCUCUCCGUUCACCGGCGGCACAAUAGGAGCAGCCACGCAGGGUUCAAUUUGUUCCAAGCGCUCUGGAGGGAUCAGCAUGGAUCACUCCGUCAGCCCUUUAGUAAUGGCCUCCACCCUCUCCCACCAACUAGGCCACAACCUCGGCCUUGACCACGACGGUGCCGGCUGUGGUUGCGACGGUUCCAGCCCCAACCUCCCCCCUGGCCGCAGCUGCAUCAUGGAGCCACCAACAGGUAUCAUGCCCGGGCUGAGUUUCAGCAGCUGCAGCCACCGGCAACUCCAACAGAUCCUGCAGAGCAAUCGAGUCUGGUGCCUCCUCGACGUCCCUGAUCCGGGGCGCCUGGUGGACUCUCGCUGUGGGAACCAUUUUGUGGAGGCCUGGGAGGAAUGCGAUUGCGGCCUCCGAGAGGAGUGCGCAGAUCCGUGUUGCAAUGCAAGCACGUGCCAGCUCGUGGCCGGAGCUCAGUGUGCCACGGGGGGAGCUUGUUGCCACGAGUGCAAGCUGCGCGCUGCGGGAUUUGUCUGCCGGGGACCCCAGAACGAAUGCGACCUCCCCGAGUACUGCGACGGCGCCUCACCGCGCUGCCCCGCCAACGUCCACAAGCAGGACGGGAUGUCGUGUGGGGGCAGCAAGGCAGUCUGUUAUGGGGGGGUCUGCCCCACCUACCUGAGCCAGUGCCAAGAACUUUGGGGCCCAGGAUCAGUCCCGGUGUCGGACACCUGCGUGGCCUCUUUGAACGGCAGAGGCGACCUGGAGGGGCACUGCGGUCAGCACCCCAAUGGCUCCUAUGUUUCGUGUGCAAAGAGGGAUGCGCGGUGCGGGCGGCUACAGUGCCAAAGCAGCCUUGCCAGCACUGGAAAGCAAAACCGAACAGCCAGAGUGCCCGAUUGCUCACAUAACACCCCGAUUCCUGUGGACGACAUUCUUGAUCUGGCCAUGGCAUUGCCUGGCACAGCCUGUGGGGCUGGCAAGUUACAGGUGUGUGUCAACAAACGGUGUCGAGAUCUUUCCUCCUUGAAACUGCCGGUGUGCCAGUGCAACGGGCAUGGGGUAUGUAACAGUAAAGGGCACUGCCAUUGUCAGUCAGGAUGGGCUCCUCCAGACUGCCUGAGCAGCGGACUUGGGGGCAGUAUAGACAGUGGAUCACCUGCUGCAGAGCCAACGGGCAGCACCACCUCGACCGUCUUAGUGCUGAGUGUCCUGCUUGUCGCCCUGGUCCUGGCCUUCGGGCUGUGCUUCGCCAAGCGGAUUGGCCUCCACAAGCGCCUCUGCAAGUUCGGCAAGGGCACCAGCUGCCAGUACAGUGCUGAGACAGAGUCCCGGGUGCGAUUCCUCCGCCCAGCUGAGCAAAGAGGGAUCACACAGCCAGAGCCUCGGAGUUACAGCCAGGCCCCUCCGGAGCGCCCCCGUCCUCCACAGUGGAGGCAGAACACUGAGCUCCAGCUCAUGCCCACUUGUAAGCCUGAUCCCCUUGGCACUACGCGGCCUGACCCGCCGUCCAAGCCUCUUCCGCCUGACCCGGUCCCAAGGGGUCAACAGGACAGGCCCGCGCCCCCCAUGCGCCCGUUGCCUGCUGAUCCCAUUCCUAAAGAUGCUCAGCCCCCCGGUCUGGCCAAACCUCCGCCUCCCCGGAAACCGCUCCCUUCGGAUCCUCCCCGAGCUGAGCUGUGCGCCGUUCCCAGCUAUGACCUUCGGGCCCAGAUGCUGCCUUCUAGGCCUGCUCCUCCUCCCCCUUCUACGGCGACCGGACCAUCGUUGCACAUCCAUGAAAUCUAAUCUGGCCGGCCCAGGCCCACGGACUCUUAACGGCGUGCCGCCUUCUCCAGCCGAAACAGCCCAAAUGAGGACAACCCCCCCAA